CACAACAGAUUUAGCUCCACUGGCCGUUUCAAAGCAAUUUUUCCUCGUACUCGCACCGACUUCGCAGCCAAAUUUUUGCGUGUGUGUCGCUCAGUACUGUUCGUAGCUGAAAAAUUCUCGAAAUUUGCCGUGCACUUUGAAGGUAGAGAGGCGUAGAAAAAAAGCCAAGAUGAACGCCCAGCAAGCCCAGCGGGAACAUGUCCUCGCCGUAUCCCGGGACUUUAUCUCCCAGCCCCGCUUGACCUACAAGACGGUGUCCGGUGUGAACGGUCCAUUGGUUAUCCUCGAUGAGGUCAAAUUCCCCAAGUUCGCCGAGAUCGUGCAGCUGCGUCUGGCUGACGGCACCGUGCGCUCUGGCCAGGUUCUGGAGGUGAGCGGCUCCAAGGCCGUCGUCCAGGUGUUCGAGGGAACCUCGGGCAUUGAUGCCAAGAACACGCUUUGCGAGUUCACCGGCGACAUCCUGCGCACGCCCGUGUCCGAGGAUAUGUUGGGCCGUGUGUUCAACGGCUCCGGCAAGCCCAUCGACAAGGGACCCCCAAUCCUGGCUGAGGAUUUCCUGGACAUCCAGGGUCAGCCCAUCAACCCCUGGUCGCGUAUCUAUCCCGAGGAAAUGAUCCAGACCGGUAUCUCGGCCAUCGAUGUGAUGAACUCGAUUGCCCGUGGCCAGAAGAUCCCCAUCUUCUCCGCUGCCGGUCUGCCCCACAACGAAAUUGCUGCCCAGAUCUGUCGUCAGGCCGGUCUUGUCAAGCUGCCCGGCAAGUCAGUGCUGGAUGACCACACCGACAACUUCGCCAUCGUGUUCGCCGCUAUGGGUGUCAACAUGGAAACGGCCCGCUUCUUCAAGCAGGACUUCGAGGAGAACGGCUCCAUGGAGAACGUGUGCCUGUUCUUGAACUUGGCCAACGAUCCCACCAUUGAGCGUAUUAUCACACCCCGUCUGGCUCUGACCGCCGCCGAGUUCUUGGCCUACCAGUGCGAGAAGCACGUGCUGGUCAUCCUCACCGACAUGUCCUCGUACGCCGAGGCCCUGCGUGAGGUGUCUGCCGCCCGUGAGGAGGUGCCCGGUCGUCGUGGUUUCCCCGGUUACAUGUACACCGAUUUGGCCACCAUCUACGAGCGUGCCGGACGUGUGGAGGGCCGCAACGGCUCCAUCACUCAGAUCCCCAUUCUGACUAUGCCCAACGACGAUAUUACCCAUCCCAUUCCCGAUUUGACCGGAUACAUUACCGAGGGCCAGAUCUACGUCGACCGUCAGCUGCACAACAGACAGAUCUACCCUCCAGUCAACGUGCUGCCGUCGCUGUCGCGUCUGAUGAAGUCCGCCAUCGGUGAGGGCAUGACACGCAAGGAUCACUCCGAUGUUUCCAACCAGCUGUACGCUUGCUACGCCAUCGGCAAGGACGUGCAGGCCAUGAAGGCCGUGGUGGGCGAGGAGGCCCUGACGCCCGACGAUCUGCUGUACUUGGAGUUCUUGACCAAGUUCGAGAAGAACUUCAUCUCGCAGGGCAACUACGAGAACCGCACUGUCUUCGAAUCCCUGGACAUUGGCUGGCAGCUGCUGCGUAUCUUCCCCAAGGAGAUGCUCAAGCGUAUUCCGGCCUCCAUCCUGGCCGAAUUCUAUCCCAGGGACUCGCGCCAUUAGAUUCUGUUUAUUGUUUUGUUUUUGAUUUUUGUCCAAAAUUUUGUUUCAUUCAUAAUUUAAGCUGGCGGCGGCGGCGCAUCGUGCGGCGCGUCCUCCACCACCACCUGCAAUAUCCCCGCUGUGUAUGCGUCUAUAUAUAUAUAUACAUAAACCACAAUACAUCCACAAAAUAUCUAUCCUGCGCUCCAGCGCGGCCAAAAACAAUAACUAGUUGAAUAUUGUCCAAGCGAGCAAACCUACUCUAAUGUCUAGUGUGUGUUUUUAGUAUUGAAAUUGAAAUCGAAACAAACCGUCUUGCAAUGUACAUAAAUUGAAUUGCUAAUAAUGAUUGUCGUUAGCCUCCCCGCCUCUAAACACACUGUCCUGUAAUAAUCAUUUGUUAAAGUUUACUAUUUUUGUUAGGUUUUAAGUGUGUGCUCCUUGAAUUGUUUAUAAUUUUUGUCUAAUCAUUUUCGCAUAAAGAAUCGUAGCAUUCCAACAAAAAAUAACCUCUUUUUGUUACUUUCGUUUGCUCCCCCCUGUAACCGCGUUUUAUUUAGACGUUUCACCAGUUCGCACAAGUAUUAAACAAAAGUCCCCCGCCCCCGGUUCCCCUGUCCCUGCACCGAACCUUGUGAACAAUUUGUACAGCAACUCAACUAAACAAUGGAAUAUUAAGUGCAAAAAACAAAUGCUUUAAUGCAACAAAAUCGUUUUAAAAAUGUGGAACAUCUACGAGAAAGUAUAAAGAACUAUGAAAUACUGUUUGUUUCCUUGUCUCUAAAUUAAUGAAUAUUACAUAAAGUUGCAUAAAUUAUAAUAUA